AUGCUGCUCGCCCUUCUGACCACAGUCUCUCUUUUGGCAACUAUGUCCCACGCAGCAGUGAUCUCUCGACCACAACACGAGCUCCGCGCCCUCCCCCUCAACAUAAGCCUAAACCAUACCCACAACACCUAUGGCAAUGUUUACUCCGCACUGCCUAUCGGUGCAAUCCUCAACAACUGCUUCGUUCCAGGAACAGUGGCCCUGACCUUCGACGAUGGACCCUGGAUAUACACCCGCGAGAUCCUAGACACCCUCUCCGCCCACAAUGCACGCGCAACGUUUUUCCUCAACGGGGUAAAUAAAGGCAGCAUCGAGGGAUAUCCCGACAUUGUCCUUCGGGUCUUCUCCGAAGGCCACCAGCUCGGCUCACACUCAUACAACCACAUCUCCCUACCAUCCCUCUCUCGCUCCGCCGUCAUUGAUCAAAUGAAAACCCUCGAAAACACAUACAUGAACUUAUUAGGCUUCUACCCUACCUACAUGCGCUUCCCAUUCUUGCAAAGCUCCCCAGAGUCCCUCUCUGCAAUGGCUGAGCUAGGGUACAGAGUUAUCGGGGCCAGUGUCGACACGAAGGACUACGAGAACGAUGAACCUGGGGUUAGUUGGCGUAGCUUUGAGAAGUUCAAGGCUGAACUUGCUGCGGGUGGCACGAUUGUAUUGGCGCAUGAUACGCACCAGACGACCGUGCAGGUUCUUGUGGACAACAUGCUUCGGGAGAUUGAGAGUAGGGGUUUGAAGAUGGUCACGGUGGGCGAGUGUCUUGGGGAGGGGAGGGAGUUUUGGUAUAGAAAUGGGAGGUAG